AUGAAUUUACUCCGGCGAGUAUGGUGUUCAUCGAACUCGGUGUUACUCCGUCAUCGAUAUCGACAUAGCAGUUACUAUUCCACCACCACUCGUAAAUCCCAAUCCAAGUUUUCAAAACCCACCGAGAUUCCAUUUCAACCCAAACUCGCCAACUCUGUCAACCUAAUCGGCUCCGUUAACAAGCCAGUUCAGUUUGAAAUUUCUCCCGACGGAAACCCCUUCGCCGCCACCGUUAUCUCUAGUCUUGAUCAUAAUCCUUCUUCCCUUUUGAUUCCCGUUAUAUUUCAAGGCGAUUUAGCUCAUACCGCUAACUUUCAUCUCAAACAAAACGAUGUUGUUCAUGUUGUUGGACAAAUUAGUACUGAUUCUAAGCAUUCCGAACCUCAAUACCAGUUUCAGGUUAUGGCGCAAAGCCUUAACUUUGUUCAAGAUUAUCCUCUGGUGAAGAAGGCUUCUUUAACUUCUAAGCAAAAAUUGGAUUCUUCUUCUGAAAAAGACGAUGAAGAAAUCAAGUCAUUGGAAAAGGAUAUCCAUUCCGAGCAAACCGAGGAACUUGACAAAAGGAAAUCCUGGAAGGAUGUCCUUAAUAAACCUAGUAGAUGGCAGGUUGUUCAUUCAACAAAGGAGAGUCCAAAAGGUGCAGCGCUCGAAAGCAAGACAGAUGGUGAAUUACAACCUGAACUGAAACAAACAAUAACCACCACAAAGAAAUACCCCGACUAUUUGUCAAAUUCUUGGGACUACCUACUAAAUGAUCCAAAACAGUGGCUGGAUUUCCGUGACAGCAAACGCAGUGGAUUGGUGAGUCCAAGGUACCCUGACUUCAAGCGCAAGGAUGGCAGCGUUCCCAUCUGGAUUGACAAGGCUCCAGAGUGGGUUCUGUCUAAACUAGAAGAACUGGAAUUUGACGUUCCAGCUGUUAAAUCCAAACAAGCAAAGGACAGUAAAGGUGAUGAGUCCUGGAAUGAUUUGUUGCAAAAUCCAGCUAAAUGGUGGGAUAAUAGAUUAGACAAGAGGAAUCCAAGAGGUCCAGAUUUCAAACACAAAGAUACUGGUGUAGGGCUGUGGCUUAAUGAUUCACCAAGUUGGGUGUUACCAAAAUUGCCACCCGUGAAGCCUAAACAAGAAAGUGCUCAAACUAGCUGA